GGGGGUGUCAGUAAAGAUGGCGGCCGUAGGAGGAGAGGCAAGCACCCAGAGUCAAGGCGAUGGUAGCGACGAUAUUUUUCAGACAUUUUACUCAGAGGUGAAGCAGAUCGAGAAACGAGACUCCGUAUUGACCCCUAAACAGCAAAUAGAUCGGCUACUCAGACCUGGGUCUUCGUACUUUAAUCUCAACCCCUUCGAGGUCUUGCAGAUUGAUCCAGAUGUGACAGACGAGGAGAUUAAAAAAAGGUUUCGGCAGCUGUCAAUCCUGGUCCAUCCGGAUAAGAACCAGGACGAUGCUGAUAGAGCACAGAAAGCAUUUGAAGCUGUGGACAAGGCCUAUAGAUUACUCUUGGAUUCAGAGCAGAAGAAGCGUGCAGUCGAUGUGAUCCAUGCAGGAAAGGAGUAUGUGGAGCACAUGAUGAAGGAGAAGCGGAAACAGCUGAAGAAAGAGGGAAAGCCCAUCAUCGUUGAAGAGGAUGACCCUGAAUUGUUCAGACAAGCUGUCUACAAGCAGACCAUGAAGCUUUUUGCCGAGUUAGAGAUCAAGAGGAAGGAGAGGGAAGCAAAGGAGAUGCAUGAAAGGAAAAGGCAAAGGGAGGAGGAGAUUGAGACACAAGAGAAAGCCAAGCGAGAGAGGGAAUGGCAGAAGAACUUUGAGGAAACAAGGGAUGGAAGGGUGGACAGCUGGAGGAACUUUCAAGCUAAAGGCAAGAACAAGAAAGAGAAGAACCGCACCUUCCUCAAGCCUCCAAAAGUCAAAAUGGAGCAGAGGGAGUGACUCCCUUGCUCUGGGGGGGAGGGGUGGGGGGCUGGGGGUCUGUCUGGCUUUCCCAACACUGUAAUCCAUGAUAACACCCCAAACAAAAGAGAGCCACGUGCCCA